GAUUCCCUCCUGGUGUUGUAAACAUCAUCCCCGGCUAUGGAGAGACAGCAGGGGCCGCGCUUUCUCAACAUCCGGACGUACGAGUGAUUUCCUUCACAGGAAGCACGGAGGUUGGUCAACUGAUUAUGACGGCAGCAGCCACAAACAUAAAGCAUGUGAAGCUGGAACUAGGUGACAAAUCGCCGUUGAUUAUAUUCGCCGAUGCAGACC